AAAUACAAGGUCCUGAUGCAGACAAGAGGUAGAAACGUGAAAGAACUUCCCCAACAGGGCAUCUGAGGGCGAAUCCAUACUCUUUUAAGGACACUUUUACACAGAAGCAGAACCCACAGAGGACCCAGUGAUCGCUUGUCGCUGUCACAUACAGAGCAAUAACAAUGGCUGACCAUGGUGUAUUCACAGGUGUGGACCUCUGCAGCCAAGUGAACAACCACGCUCACCGCACAGGAGAGAUAGAUGUGGACCGUCUGCUGGUGCGCAGGGGCCAGCCCUUCUCCAUCGCCCUGCAGUGUUCCGGGGAACCCACCCAGGCCCCCGAUUACCAGCUCACCAUCGUCCUCCGAGUGGGUAAGCAGGGCGAGGUGACAGUGAAAGUAUCUGAGUACCAGAGGGGUGGGGGUCAGUGGUGGUUCAGCCAGCAGGCUGCCCAGGGCGAGCUGCUCGUGACGCUGCACAGUCCAGCGGACGCACCCGUGGGGCCCUACAACCUGGCCGUGCUCCUGCUGUCCCCCGAGGGCCACAUCCUGGAGGAGACCGCGCCCGAGAGCUUCCACCUGCUCUUCAAUCCCUGGUGCAAAGCCGACGCGGUGCAUGUGCCAGACGAGGAGCUGCUGCAGGAGUACAUCCUGAAUGAGAACGGCCUCCUGUACCAGGGCGCCUGGGACGACAUCACCUCGUUGCCAUGGAACUUUGGACAGUUUGAAAAGGACAUCGUGGACAUCUGCUUUGAAAUACUGGACAACUCCCCCACUGCCCUCAAAAACCCAGAGAUGGACACCCUCAACAGAACCAGUCCUGUUUACGUCAGCCGAACCAUCACUGCCAUGGUGAAUUCCAAUGAUGACCGCGGGGUGCUGACGGGAAACUGGACGGGGGACUACUCUGACGGCGUGCCGCCCACCCGCUGGACGGGCAGCGUGCCCAUCCUCAGACGCUGGAGCGAAGGAGGCGCACAGAGAGUGCGCUACGGACAGUGCUGGGUGUUCGCUGGAGUGGCCUGCACAGUUCUGCGAUGUCUGGGCAUCCCCACCCGCUGCAUCACAAACUACUCCUCUGCCCAUGACACAGAUGGGAACCUCAUGAUAGACUACCUGCUCGACGAGAACAUGGAGAGCGUCUCCACUAACGGGAGAAAGGACAUGAUCUGGAACUACCACUGCUGGGUAGAGUCCUGGAUGGCUAGAGAGGACCUUCCAGAAGGAUACGAUGGAUGGCAGGCUCUUGAUCCUACCCCCCAGGAGAGAAGUGAUGGUGUGUACUGCUGUGGGCCUUGUCCUGUGCGAGCAAUACGCGAGGGGGAGGUCGGGGUGAAGUACGAUGCGCCGUUCAUCUUUGCCGAGGUGAACGCUGACCUGGCAUUUUGGGUCCUUCUCCCCGAUGGUCAGCGCUUACAAGCCUCGGUCAACAAGAAGACAGUUGGCCGAAACAUCAGCACCAAGAGCGUCUAUGGAGACACACGGGAGGACGUCACCGCACACUACAAAUACCCAGAAGGUUCAGAGAAGGAGCGUGAGGUUUUCGAGAAGGCCGGGCGGCGGGUUUCCCAACAGAACGGAGUUCAGGGCCAGCUGGAGCUGUCCAUCAAGCAUGCGCAGGCGAUCCACGGGACAGACUUUGACGUGAUCGUGGAGGUGCACAACGCUGGCAGCGAGGACACACGCGCCCACCUCACGGUCAUGUCCACUGCCGUGACCUAUAACAGCCUGCACAGGGGCGAGUGCCAGAAGAAGACUUCCCGCCUCACUGUGCCUGCCCAGAAGGCUCACAAGGAAGUUCUACGCCUUCGCUAUGACCACUACGGACAUUGUGUGUCUGAGCAUCACAUGAUCAGGGUGACUGCCUUCGUCAAGUCAAAUGAUCAGGAUGAAGUGAUCCUAGAGGAAGUCAAUAUCCCAUUGCGGAUGCCAAAGUUGCUCAUUAAGGUUGUAGGAGAUGCUGUAGUCACUCGGAAGGUGACUGCCCACAUCACCUUCACAAACCCACUGCCCGUCACGCUGAAAGACGGAGUGUUUACGGUGGAAGGUGCAGGCCUCACAGCAGCAACGGAGGUUCCUGCUCCGACAAAUGUUGGACCAGGUGAAGAGGUGACGGUCAAGUUCUCAUUCAAGCCAAACCGCCCAGGCCUGAGAAAACUGUUAGUAGACUUCGACUCAGACAGACUGAGGGAUGUCAAGGGGGAGGCCACUGUGAUUGUCCGGCGCAAGAAAUGGAACCGGACGUAAAAUAACAAACCCAGGAUUAUCAACUCAGAUAAAUUGUGUUUUUUUUUUUUUUUUAACAGAAUAAACAGUAGAAACUAUUCCAUGUGUACAGCAGUGGAAUACUGAAGCUUCCCAUAAAUAUGUGUACCAGCAUUUCUGAAAAAGUGCCUUUUAAAAUAGAUUUCAAGCUUUUGUUUUUACAAAGGUUUAGGUCAUUGUAAUAUUUGCACUAAAUUUGUGUACUCCUGAAACAUAAGUGUAACAUAAUUUGUGAAGUUAGUUAUGAAUCGCAUGUACUGUAAUCAGUUACCUUGUAGUACAACAGCAUAAUUAUCAGUGCAUUCUCGCACCCUCUCUGCUUAAGUCUGCAAAUAAAGCAAUAUGUCUACACAA